AAGACAUUUCCUUGGGCUCUUUCUCUUCAUCACGCCCAUUCUUAUGUCAUUUAUUAUUCGAAUCUAGUUAUAAUUGAGAGCCCUCAAGAUGGACCCAGGCACAGCCCUCGCCAUUGUGGGCCUCGGUUUGGAUGCGGUGAAGGACCUCCAUUCGUACUAUGUAGUCUGGAAAGACCGCGAUCGGGAUGUGGAAGAGGUCGGACAGCAAUUGAUUUGGCUUAUGAAUCUUUUCCAAACUAUGCAAAUAACGCUCAAACAGGAUGAUCUCAACCCAGCCCAAGUCCAGAUGAUUUGCGGCUCGAUUAAGAAAUGCGAGGAAAUCAUAACCAAACUCAAAGUUAAGUUGGCCAAGGUAAAACGAGAAGGAGAUCCGCGUACGUUGCUGAAGAAAUUGGACGAUCAAAGGAGACGGGCGCUUUAUCCUUUCAAGAAGGGGACUAUCGGUGGCCUUCUUGACCUCAUUGACAGCUGCAAAGAAGAAAUGAAGAUGGUUAUUCCGUUGCUCAACCUGUAAGUUUGAAAUCGUGUCUGCAGUCUAGUAACUCGUCUCUCCCAUAGAUUCAUCAGGAAAGAUCCAAAAGGGUUAGAGAGACUUGGAUAUCAAAGUAACAUCCGUCUCUAGUGUUGUUAAUGAAACGAAGGUGAUGAUCGUGGAUGGGACCAAAGAGAAGGAGCGGAAAUGAGUCAUGGACUGGUUGAAGCCCAAUCAGCCAGGCAGCUAUCCAUGCCGCUACUUCAAGGAAUCACGAACCGGGGACUGGAGAAUGGUUUCUAGAGGAUAGAGAUGAGGCCGAUGCGAGCGCCAUUAAAUUUGUUAGAAGA